AUGGCAAUGCUCUGGAAGUUCAUGAGGGUAGCAAAGUAUUCUAAAACAGCUUUAUCACCAAAAGUGAAGGUAAGAGGAAUUCCCACCCAUUUGAGGCAUUCUUCCUCCAAGUCUAUACCUUCAGAUUUUGCUGCCGGCACACCCUGCUCAAAUACUGUGGAACUGCUUGGUAAAGCUUAUGCUCAAGAUGACUACAGCAAUGUCACAAAGAAGAUUCUUUCCAAGGUGGGGAAGAACUUGCACAACAAAAAGCAUCACCCUUUGUGGCUAAUUAAGGAGCAGAUAAAGGACCAUUUCUACAAACAAUAUGUAGGACGCCAUGGGAAUCCGCUUUUUUCUGUCUAUGAUGGUCUUUCUCCCGUGGUUACAGUACAGCAGAAUUUUGAUAGUUUGCUUAUCCCACAAAACCACGCCAGCAGAAGUAAAGAGGAUAACUACUACUUGAAUUGUGGUCACAUGCUAAGAGCACAUACAUCAGCUCAUCAGUGGGACUUGAUACACUCUGGCCUAGAUGCCUUUUUGGCAGUGGGAGAUGUCUACCGCCGUGACACAAUUGAUAACACCCACUACCCAGUCUUUCAUCAGAUGGAAGGAGUUCGGCUCUUCUCCUGUCAUGAG